CGCAGAGCCUUCUCUUGUCUGGUAGGUCUGAACACAGAUCCCAAAGCCUGACUUACAGAACGUCAGGGUGUGUGUUGUGGGAGUAUGGAGUACAGAGGGGUAAUUGUCAGAACAGGCGGAGGAGCUAGAUGCGACACAUCCUCUCUCUGGGGCCUUUGCCCCUGAGCAUCCGCUCUCUGACCGAUUUCUUCCUUGUGGUUUUGGGUGGCAAGUCGAGCGAGCGGAGGUGCGCAGUUGAGCUCCCGGCUCGGUCUGCACCUUGGUGUAACCUGAGCACAAGCUGGUCUCGGGCCUGUGUGCUAUCAAUGGAAAGACUUGUAACAUAAAGACAAGAUGGCAACCCUUAAGGAGAAGCUCAUUGUGCCAGUCGCAGAAGAGGAGGCUGCCGUCCCGAACAACAAGAUUACUGUAGUAGGCGUUGGGCAAGUUGGUAUGGCAUGUGCUAUCAGCAUUCUGGGAAAGUCUCUGGCUGAUGAACUGGCCCUGGUGGAUGUCUUAGAAGACAAGCUCAAAGGAGAGAUGAUGGAUCUGCAGCACGGGAGCUUAUUCCUCCAGACCCCCAAAAUUGUGGCCGAUAAAGAUUACUCUGUGACAGCCAAUUCUAAGAUUGUGGUAGUGACGGCAGGAGUCCGCCAGCAGGAGGGGGAGAGCCGACUGAACCUGGUGCAGAGAAAUGUCAAUGUAUUCAAGUUCAUUAUUCCUCAGAUCGUCAAGUACAGCCCUGACUGCACCAUCGUUGUGGUUUCCAACCCAGUGGAUAUUCUUACUUACGUCACCUGGAAACUGAGCGGGUUACCUAAGCACCGUGUGAUUGGAAGUGGAUGCAAUCUGGAUUCUGCUCGCUUCCGCUACCUUAUGGCUGAGAAGCUUGGCAUUCAUCCCAGCAGCUGCCACGGAUGGAUCCUGGGCGAGCAUGGCGACUCCAGUGUGGCUGUGUGGAGCGGGGUGAACGUGGCAGGAGUCUCCCUCCAGGAACUAAAUCCAGAAAUGGGGACGGACCACGACAGUGAGAACUGGAAGGAGGUGCAUAAGAUGGUGGUGGACAGUGCCUAUGAAGUCAUCAAGCUAAAAGGCUACACCAACUGGGCCAUUGGCCUAAGUGUGGCUGACCUCAUCGAGUCCAUGCUGAAAAACCUCUCUCGGAUUCACCCCGUGUCUACAAUGGUGAAGGGAAUGUACGGCAUUGAGAAUGAAGUCUUCCUCAGUCUCCCGUGCAUCCUUAAUGCUCGGGGGCUGACCAGCGUCAUCAACCAGAAGCUGAAGGAUGAUGAGGUCGCUCAGCUCAGGAAGAGUGCGGACACCCUGUGGGACAUCCAGAAAGACCUCAAAGACCUGUGACUGCCAGGCUCUAGGCUGUAGAAACCUCCAAAGUGACUGUGAACCUUUAGUCUUCAGCCUUAUACAUAGGUCACAGUUUGCUUCUUCCCUGACAUGUGAUAUGAGCUCACAGAUCAAAGCCCAGGCUUGUUUGAUGUUUGUACUAGGAGCUCCUGAACAAAUAAAGUUAGCAAUUGCAGCUUA